UAUAGAGUAGGUAUCAAUGCUGAAUAGAUUUUUCUACAUUCUCUAUUUCACACACCUUCAGGCUUCGUACAGGACCCAUAUUAUGUAGGACAUCUUGUCCAUGUAAUAAGUGAGUAACGGUAUAAUUCACUUAUUACGUGGACAAGAUGUCAUAUAUAAUAUGGGUCCUGUACGAAGCCUGCACACCUUCAAUAUUAUUCUAAUUUGAGUUCAUAAAAUUGAUUAUAUAUUCUGCAAUCGAAAAAAUUUUUCAUUGACACCCUAAAAAAUAUUAGAAAUUCUAAAAACUUUACACCAACGGAUUCAUGAUUGAAAUCAGUCUAGAAAAUUUAAAAGCUUAAAUUUCUUUCUAUCUAAAAAAAGAGAUUAAGACUCAAGUAUACUCUUUAAACAUCAGGUCCAGGCAAUCUUAAAUGGAGUACAACUGGCAUAACAAUCAUUGGCAAUGGCUAUGGUAAACGCUCAGAUCAAUUACAAUAUCCUGAAGGUUUAUUCAUCGAACCUAAAACACAAAUUUUAUAUGUUGCUGAUGCCAGCAAUAACCGAAUUCAAAAACGUUAUCCAAGUGGCGAAAUCAAAACGGCUGCUGGCCAGGCUAAUGGUGCCGGUGGUUCAACACCAAACAAACUAUAUAGUCCGGGACAUGUUUUCGCAGAUGAAAACGAAAAUCUCUUUGUUGCUGAUAUGAUGAAUCAGCGGAUUCAGUAUUGGGAAAAAGAUGCCAAACAUGGAAAAACAGUGGCUGGGAACGGCAGUGAUGGUUCAGCAUUAACUGAAUUUAAUC